GCCCCCGAGCCCAGCUGCAGAAGCGCCGCUACCUCCAGCACGCAAGGUGUCUGGUCUGAAAAGAAACGCGAGCCCCUGGGAGGCGGCGCGCAGGGACCCGGGCAGGGCUGGCGCGAGCCGAGCCGGAGGGCGCAGGGCAGGGCUGCGGCCCGGCGGGAGCUCGGCCACAGAGGACCCGGCGACCUGCUCCUGCGAUCCGGCUCUGCGCUUCCCUCGCCUUUUACAGAUUUCCCCCCGCCCCCGCGACUACUGCCCCAAAACGGAGCCUUUACAUCCAGAGAAGGAGCCGCCGGGGCUGGGGCAGCCAGGACUUUCCCGGGCACCCAAGAUGCGCUCCAUUAGGAAGAGGUGGACGAUCUGCACAAUAAGUCUGCUCCUGAUAUUUUAUAAGACAAAAGAAAUAGCGAGAACUGAGGAGCACCAGGAGACGCAACUCAUCGGAGAUGGUGAAUUGUGUUUGAGUCGAUCACUUGUCAAUAGUUCUGAUAAAAUCAUUCGGAAGGCUGGCUCCUCAAUCUUCCAGCACAACGUGGGUUGGAAAAUUAAUUCCUCCUUGGUCUUGGAGAUAAGGAAGAACAUACUUCGAUUCUUAGAUGCAGAAAGAGAUGUCUCGGUGGUCAAGAGCAGCUUCAAGCCUGGCGAUGUCAUCCACUACGUGCUGGACCGGCGCCGGACACUGAACAUCUCUCACAACCUGCACAGGCUCCUGCCCGAGGUCUCACCCAUGAAAAAUCGCAGGUUCAAGACCUGCGCGGUUGUGGGGAACUCAGGCAUCCUUCUCGACAGCGAAUGUGGAAAGGAGAUUGACAGUCACAAUUUUGUAAUAAGGUGUAAUCUUGCUCCCGUGGUAGAGUUUGCUGCGGACGUGGGAACUAAAUCAGAUUUUAUUACCAUGAAUCCAUCGGUGGUACAAAGAGCAUUUGGAGGCUUUCGAAAUGAGAGUGACAGAGAAAAAUUUGUGCACAGACUUUCGAUGCUGAAUGACAGCGUCCUCUGGAUUCCUGCAUUCAUGGUCAAGGGUGGCGAGAAGCACGUGGAGUGGGUCAACACACUGAUCCUCAAGAACAGACUGCAGGUGCGCACCGCCUACCCGUCCCUGAGGCUCAUCCACGCGGUCAGAGGUUACUGGCUGACAAACAAGGUUCCCAUCAAAAGACCCAGCACAGGCCUCCUCAUGUACACACUCGCCACGAGAUUCUGUGACGAGAUCCACCUGUACGGAUUCUGGCCGUUCCCGAAGGACUUGAGCGGAAAAGCUGUGAAAUACCAUUACUAUGAUGACUUGAAAUACAGAUACUUUUCCAACGCCAGUCCUCACAGGAUGCCGCUAGAAUUCAAGACCUUGAACUUGCUGCAUAACAGGGGGGCGCUGAAACUGACCACAGGGAAGUGCGUGAAGCAAUAAAGCACAUUCUAGAACAUAGACGUUGAAUACGCACUUGGUUUCUGAAGAUCGGAGGAGAGGAUCCAGACGUGGCUGGGUUUCAACAUCCACUGUUUAACUGGAAAAUCGAGAAAGGGUGUUGGUGAGAAAUCCACUACCAGCUGAUGAAAUACCUGCAAAGUGCUCUAAACAGUAACUAUUUUGACUUCAAGGGUCCUAGUAAGUGCCACUUCCACUAAGAAUACAGUCUGAAUGUAUAAUCAGUAGUGUUUACAAGACCCUACGAUGCACUUGUCCUUUGCUAGCAGAGCGAGCGUGUCCGUCUCUGUGGCCAAGCACAUGGGGAGAGGAGGGAGCCCGGAUGGCGGCGCAGCCCUUGGGAGGUUACACCAUCCUUAGCAGCAGAAAUCAAGAUGGGAACUGUUUACGCAGUGACAUUUACAGGAUUAAGCAACUCAAGCAAAUGCCUUCAGUCGGGACUGUGAUUCUGAUCAUGAAUUGUGUGUUUUUAUUUAUGUUUUCAUUUGUUUUCUGGAAUCUCUCUCAGCUUGGGUAUUGGGGUGCUUAGAAAUCUCUUCUGAGAUC